AUGGCCUCUCCUCAGCAGAUCCGCACUCCCAUCACCGAUCUUUUCAAGAUCAAGCACCCCAUCCUGCUUGCCGGCAUGAACGUCGCUGCCGGUCCCAAGCUGGCUGCCGCCGUCACCAACGCCGGUGGUAUGGGUGUCAUUGGCGGUGUCGGCUACACCCCCGAGAUGCUCAAGGAGCAAAUCGCCGAGCUCAAGGAGUACCUCGACGACAAGAACGCUCCUUUCGGUGUCGACCUGCUCCUCCCCCAGGUCGGCGGCAGCGCCCGUAAGACCAACCACGACUACACCAAGGGCAAGCUCGACGAGCUCGUCGACAUCAUCAUCGAGUCCGGUGCCAAGCUCUUCGUCUCCGCCGUCGGUGUCCCCCCCAAGCACGUCGUCGACCGCCUGCACAAGGCCGGCAUCCUCUACAUGAACAUGGUCGGCCACGUCAAGCACGCCAAGAAGUGCGUUGACAUUGGCGUCGACAUCAUCUGCGCCCAGGGCGGCGAGGGCGGUGGCCACACCGGCGACACCCCCACCACCGUCCUCAUCCCUGCCGUCGUCGAGGCCGUCAAGAACGCCAAGUCGCCCCUCACCGGCGGCCCCGUCCAGGUCAUCGCCGCCGGCGGCAUCCACAACGGCCAGCUGCUCGCCGCCUCGCUCAUGAUGGGCGCCUCGGGCGUCUGGGUCGGCACGCGCUUCAUCCUCACCGACGAGGCCGGCGCCCCCCGCGUCCACAAGGAGGCCGUCAAGAACGCCGGCCACGACGACAACAUCCGCACCAUCAUCUUCACCGGCCGCCCCAUGCGCGUCCACAACAACCCCUACAUCAACAACUGGGAGACGGAGCGCCAGCAGGAAAUGAAGGAGCUCGCCGCCAAGGGCACCAUCCCCUACGAGGCCGACCUCGACAAGUUCAUGGACGUCAUCGACUCGGGCGACCAGAAGAAGAUGGGCGAGGCCGCCAAGAAGAUUGGCAUCGAGGCCCUCUCCCUCGACGAGGACGACGACCCCAUCGACGCCUUCCGCCCCCUGCUCAUGGGCAAGUGCGCCGCUGUUGUCAACGAGCAAAAGUCGGCCCGUGCCGUCAUCGACGAGUUUGUCAACGACGCCGUCUCCUGGAUGCAGCGCGGCAACAAGAUGAUUGCCAAGCUGUAA